UUUUGAAAAUUUCCAAAUUCGUUCCAAAUGGUGGAGGGUAUUUAAAAUUCGGCCUGGUCGAACUUCCUGCUUUUUAACCUGUCCUAUUUGUCCUAUAUCGGGACAUAUUUCAAGUCUGCUGUUGUGCUCUCAUUGAUGUGUUGUGCCAGUGCUGUACUGUGAUUCCUUUUCUUGAUAUCUGCUUCACUGUUCGCUUAAUCGGACGCGCUUUUUUGUGAACUGCAUUUCGACAAAACAAAAGUUGCCAACACUGAUCCGUGUAAUCAGUUGAAUUAAGUUUGAACAAUUUAUAACGAAGUUGCGGAAUCAUUUUUUUUAUCAAUUUUUAGUUUCGAUUGUCAUCUGAAAACGGAAGGUAGCACCAGGGAUAUAGUAGCCAUGAAUGCCAAGGACCUGAAUGAAAAUCAACGACGAAUUUUAAUGGAUUUUCUCAGUCCAAACUUUAGACUCUACGUCGAUUUUCAUUACUACGCCAGCAUGAGGUGGUCCGAAAAUCAUGAAGAAAAUCUUGAUAACUAUAAAAAUGUUGCGGAAAUGUUGAACUAUGAGGCAAACAUGGAAAUAAGGGAAUAUUUGGAAAACGCAUCACCUGAAACGAUGCCUAGAUUUGUGAGACUCUUUGCGGAUUUCUAUGAAUCUUGUGGUGAAGAUCAGGAAUUUUUGGCCCGCAAAUACAUGCAACAAAUGGAGAAGCAGGAGAAUAUGAAAUGGGCCUUACUGACACCCAACGAUAGGUUGGAAGAGAUUGGCUUCGAUUGGCCUACAAUUUUGGCUAGAUUUCGUAAAUAUGGUCUCAAUGAUGUCCUCAUUAAAUCCGAGUUUAGCUAUCAAAAUGCCAAUAAGCGGAGGAUUUAUUUAAAAAAGCCCUUCGAUGAUAUAUUUAAUGCCCUAAAUGCCUAUAGUCUGGAUGAUUACAAUAAUAAAAUACCCCUACCCCAGGGUACCACAGGUUUUAUGGUAUUAUGGGAGAGUAUUGAUAAAUUUGAGGACAAAAUAAAUGACAUCGAUGUUGAGCAGCAGAUGGAGGUGUUUGAAUACAAUAAUCUACCAUAUCCAUGGUUGAAAAAAUAUCUAAGUUUCCUAAUGGAAUCUGAAAACCUCACCACUUCGAAUAUUGAGUUUGUCAUCGAUGAUACUGCCUAUGUGGAGGCUUUAGAUAAUAUCCUGUCCGAGUUGGAUGGCGUAUUUCUAUCCCGCUAUUUGGAAGUAAGAUUUAUAUACCAUUUAGAAAUGCUCCACAAGACAUCGACACCCAAUGAAUGUAUGACCACAGCCAAAAGUCUAAUGCCCUUUGCCCAUGAAUGGAUCUAUGCCGAAUUACACCCUGAGUUAUUAGCUGAAAUAUCCAGAAUUCAUGAAAUGUUUGAAAAAAUAAUUCAACAUCUGGAGAAAUACAUGCGCAUGGAUAAGUUUGAUCUGAUACCCCAAGAAUUCUAUGUGAAAUUGAAAAACCUCCAGCUAAAGGUGGGUAAUUUGCCACAAGAAAAUGCCAAGGAUCUGUUGGAAAACUACUAUACCGAUUUAGAAUUCGAUCCGAAAAAUUAUUAUGGCAAUUAUUUGAAAUUAUUGCAAUUCUUCUUCGAACUGGAAAAGACCUGCCAAAGCUAUGAGGCCAUAGACUUACAGGUAAAUAAGGAGUUCUUCAUUAAGAAUCCAGUCCAUGAAUAUGACAAGGAAAUUCACACGCAGCAUUAUCCUGGUGUGAACGUUUUAAUUGUGCCUUUAAUGCUCUUGAGGCCACCCAUCUACCAUGGGGCCUUUGAGGAGAUUAUCAAGUGUAGUUCGUUGGGCACCAUCAUGGCCAGUGAUGCGUUUAAAUCUCUUGGCACGCUGCCAGGUUACAAUGAACAUGAAACAGAAAAUUUCGCCGGAGUUAUAGGUCUGCAUGCAUCAUACGAAAUUUUCUUCUCAUCUUUAACGUCCGAAGAGAUCAGCCGAUAUCAAACAGUGUUCGGUUUAAGCUCAUUGCAAGACGUCAAAAAAAUGUUCUUUUUGAAUGCGCUUCACUACAAAUCCGGAUGGUUGUCGAGCAAUGGUAGCUAUGUUGCAUUUGUUGUCAGUCAUCUGUCGGAAUUUGCGGAAACUUUUGAUUGUAAAAUGGAUAGAUUUUUAAAAAUGUUUUGAAAAAAGUUUUGAGAAAAAAAAUUAAAUUUUUG